GUCAGCAGUUCCGGGUGUAGCGGUAGAAGUUGAGUGUGUAGCAGCUGAAUCAUGGCGAUUUUAACACGAAUAAUCUCGGCCUUGAAGCUCUACCUGGUCGGCGUGAAGCUUCUGCUUUAUCAGCUCAUUCACAGGCCUUUUAUUUCUCCAGUUUUGCCAGAGCAGCAUGGAAAGGUUGCCAUAGUUACAGGAGGAACACGUGGCAUCGGAUACGAAAUAGUGAAGCGACUCCUUAAUCUGGGAAUGCAGGUUAUUAUAGCCUCUCGUGAUCAACAACAAGGCCUCGUUGCAGUGGAAAGGCUUCGUAAAGAGAGUAGUGAAGCUCAAGUGGAUUUUGAGCUUCUGGAUCUGGCCUCCCAGAGCUCCGUGCGAGAGUUCGUGCUACGGUUUAAAGAACGAAAACUGCCCUUACACGUACUCAUCAACAACGCGGCUGUAAUGCUAGUUCCCGAGGAGAAAACAGACGACGGUUUCGAGCUUCACUUCUCCGUUAACUACCUAGGUCACUUUCUCUUGACUCGGCUCCUUCUGGACACGCUGGCACGUUCUGGGACGGAGGAAUGUUCUAGAGUAAUUAGCAUUUGCUCUUCGGCGCACUACGUGUCCGAUAGAAACCUGCGGGACUUUCGCAGCUUGCAGGAUUACAGUUCCCAUGCCUCGUACACCCGAAGUAAACUGGCGCAGCUCCUGUUCACCUAUCACCUCCAUCAGGAGCUCCAGACCGCCGGGUAUGCCGUGACGGUGAAUGCUGUAGACCCGGGCAUGGUGGACACCGAGCUGUACCGCCACAUGAGCUUUCCAGUAAAACUGGCACAAAAACUUAUCGCCUGUCUGUUGUUCAGGACUCCGGCGCAGGCGGCAGAAACAGCCGUGUACACAGCGGCAUCUCAGGACUUUGAAGGCGUCAGCGGCUGCUACGUACACGAAGGAAGACCCGUGAAAUCAUCUCCGGCUUCUUACGAUGCCAAGCUCCAGGCUGAACUGUGGGAAAACACCUGCAGGCUGUUACGACUCCCAGUUAAAGACGUCAGAGAAUUAUGAGGGAAACGAGUUGGGUUUUUAAUCAAAGCAGGAAAUGUUUUUACUUUGUGUCUUUGUUUUUAUGUGUUCUGUGUGAACGAAGUAUAAAAUGUAGAGAGUAUAAUAUCAGCGUAAAAAUGUCGGAUGUGUUUCACAGUGCGCAAAAAAAAUCCGUAGACUCGGCAUAUGAAACACGUCCUGACUGACAUGGAGUAAAGAUGGAUUUGUUUCUGUGCAUUGGAUUUUUCUUUCCGUCUUGAUAAUGUGAUUAUUCCACUUUUUUGCACUGAAAGCCUGUGAGAAUGUACAGUACAGAACUAUUGUGUUUUCAUAUAAAAAUAUAUAACGUUGUGGUUUGUUAUUUAUAAUAAAAACGUGUGUUUCAUUUACAUUUUGAAAUCAUUUUAUUUAUUGAAACGCAUCUUAUUUGUUUGCUUUAUACACCUCUGGGAGUGAACUUGGAUAUAAAACUUGUGAAAUAGUCAUGUGUUUUUUUACUGUCUAGCGGUGGGUGAGAUAUGAAGCUUGUGUGACAAAGGCCACGUUCGUUAAACGUAGGAGCACACUGGACAUGAUGACAUGGUGGGCUGGACGUACAGAGGUGGAAAGCGACGUUACCUCACAGCUCCAUGGUUUACAGUUCCAUCUUGAGUUCUGGUUACUGUUUUUGCAGACUUUCACAAGUUCUCUUAAUGUCCAUGUGGGUUUCCUCUAUGUUCUCUAGUUUCCUCUGACUUCCAAAAACAUGGCAGUAUGUGGAUUGUCUAAGAUAGGUGUGAACGUGUGUGCAUGGUGCCCAGUGAUAGACUGGCUAUACUCGCACCUCAAACCCAGUAUUCCUGAAAUAUGCUCUGGAUCCAGCAGAACCCCGACCAGGAUAAAGUGCUUACUCACAAUGAAUGAAUAAUGUACUUUAUCCGGGUUAAAGGUCGAGCAUCAGCAGCGCUGAUGAUGGUGAUGGAGGUCAUCACCAGGAGACAUCUGACAUAUAUGAGUGGUGAAUUAAAUGAUAUUACUGACUCUUAUUGAUUGGCAAGAUCUGUAACGGUGAAUAAUAAACGUGCAGUAAAUGUGCACACAGCCAACACAGCAGAGAACCAUCCAUCGUACCACUUAUCCCACACAGGGUCUCGGGGAGCUUGGAGCUUAUCCCACGGCACAAGGCGAGGGAAACCCUGGACAGGGUGCCAAUCCAUUGCAGGGCACAAUCUCACACAAUCAGCCUACAACGCAUGUCUUUAGACUGGAGGAAGAAACCGGAGUACCUGAAGGAAACCUCCAAAGCAUGGAAGAACAUGCAAACUCCAUGCACAGAGAGUGGGGACGGGAUCCAAACCCCCAACCUCAGAGAUGCAGGGCAAACUACUAAAAACUAGACACUGAGACACUUAGUCAAAAACUUUUUCGUUUCGCGUCUCCUCUUCCAGCUCUCGUUGGAUCCUCUCCUCGACUGCUAACGAGAGGAACAUCUGCACCUCGCUUAUUGACCAUGGCGUGGUUUUGCGCGCAGCCAUUUCUUUUUACAAAUCCAAGGUUGUGUGAACAAAUGAUUCUGUUAUUGCUGUUUCUAACUAACUUUAAAACUAGCGGGUUUGAUGGCCCCAGUGACGAUGAUAGUGACGAUUCCCUCUGACCAAUCAGUGAUCUGCAGGGUUUUGACGUAAAUUUUUGGUAUCGGCUCCACUCGACCAAGGUAGUGCUAAAAAAAUACCAGGUACCAGUUACUAUCCACAGUGGAAAGACCCCAAAAAGUGAGCAGAGCUGAGUCAAGCCGUACCGUGCAGGGGGAAAGCGCCACAAGCCACCGUGCCAACCAAAGAACCAUGUUUACUGCAAAUGAGCUGCUAGGAUAGAGUAAGACACGCCCCUGGGGGCGAGGCAUAUACAUUCUAGAGAGCACUUAAUUGGACGAACACAAGAUAUGAGUUGUGAAAAUGUUUUUUAACCGUUUUC